CUCCUCUCACCCUCUCUCGUUAAUAAACCAGCGGAACUGACGUCAUUUAUUAGCGGUGAAUUGUUUGAAAUAGUUUUUUUUUUUCUGAUUCCUGGUGCUGAUUAUAGUUCUAUGUUUGACGUACGGAUGCAAAGACGAAAAGACCAUGACCCUAAAUAAAUAAAUAAAUAAAUAAAUAAAUAAAUGAAUGCGGUUUGGCACGCGUGCUUGGUGUUGCUGUGGGCCGCACCUUCGGUGGGGAGAAAGGAGCGCUCGCGCUGAUUCAAAUUCUUAUUCAGGUUCCGGGGCGGUGCCGGUGUACCCGUGCAGCGUGUCGGUGCAGCGCGAGCCUCCAGUAGUCGCUCAGUCAGUAGCCACCGGGACGCGUGAGCGAGAGAGUGAGAGAGAGAGAGAGAGAGAGAGAGAGAGAGAGAGUGUGUGUGUGAGAGAGAGAGAGACAGUGUGAGUGUGAGAGAGAGAGUGUGAGAGAGAGUGAGAGAGAGAGUGUGUGUGUGUGAGAGAGACAGAGAGAGAGUGAGAGAGAGAGAGAGAGAGAGAGAGAGAGAGAGACAGUGAGAGAGAGAGAGAGAGAGAGAGAGACAGUGUGUGUGUGCGUGUGCGUGUGUGUGUGUGUGUGUGAGAGAGAGAGAGAGAGAGAGAGACGUACAAGUGAGUAGCGCGCGCCACCGGAAUCGCCAUUAGGAUUUCCGAGCUGAUGGAACACGAGCGGGAGAAGAGAAGCUGGGACUUAUCCGUGGACCCACACCCUCACUAACUUCCGAACUUGAUGCGAGCGGACACCUGUGACGAUGAGUGCGCUGGUGUUCAGUAAACUGGACGAGCGUCUGAGUUUUGAGGAGAGCGGAAAAGCCGUCGAGAGGAAGAGCCUGAGUUAUCUAGAAGUGCUCAACGGACAGCAUGCGGAUUCUCUGACCAAGAGGAUGGACGGAGCGCUGCAGCACCGGAGACAGAGUGGAGGGAAGGUGCGGCACAAGCGGCAGGCUCUUCAGGACAUGGCCAGGCCGCUCAAGCAGUGGUUGUAUAAACACAGGGACAACCCGUACCCCACCAAAACCGAGAAGAUCCUUCUCGCCCUCGGCUCCCACAUGACCCUGGUUCAGGUAUCGAACUGGUUCGCUAACGCACGCCGCAGGCUGAAGAACACGGUGCGACAACCCGACCUGAGCUGGGCUCUACGCAUCAAACUGUACAACAAAUACGUUCAGGGCAACGCAGAGAGGCUCAGCAUCAGCAGUGACGACUCCGCUUCCGAAGACGGCGAGAUCCCUCUCCAGAUGCAGCCGAGCGAAUCCGAGUCCGGCCAGCCCACACACAAGAGCGUGAUCCAGGCGAGCCGAGGCCUCGAUCACGUCUCUCCGCCGAAGUACAAGAGCAGUCUGCUGAACCGCUACCUCAACGACUCCCUGCGGCACGUCAUGGCCUCCAACACGGACUCGCGCAAGAGGAACCACUCGGGCUCCUUCAGCUCCAACGAGUACGACGACGAGCUCCUGUCGCCCUCGUCGUCCGAAACGGAGGCCAACUACUCCUACCGCACAGAAUCCCUGGACUGCGGAUCCCAGUUCCAUGAUAGGUGCAAUCCUAAAGGAGGCCUGCAAGGAAAAGGCGCUACGUACUGGAACGAGCUGCACGCCGCCAUGGCGUUGACGAACCUGGCUCAGAGCGAGGACGCCACGCCUGCAGGCACCACCAGCUGCAUCAUCCAGAAAUCCUCGCACAUAGCGGAGAUAAAAACCGUCAAAGUGCCGAUCGCGCCUCCUCGACAGUACUCGGCCGACUCCGAGGUCUGAGGCGGAGGCCGACGGUCUUCUGCGAGACUCGAACGUGGACGUCCGGUCAUUUUGUUAGUUUUGGAAACGACGGUAUUUUAUAUACGGACGUGAUUGGGAUAUCUCACCGACGUGCCUGAUUAUGACUAAUGACGUCCAGACUGUACACCAACACCAACAGGAAGCGAUGUCUCAUGGAUGGAAGUUCGGUUUGGACUGUUAAAGCCAGCAAAUCUCUGAUUUUAAAAGCAUAUAGCGAUGUCCAUUUGUUUGUUUGUCCAAACAAACAAAUAUGUAAUAUAUUCAUAUACACGUUUACCACGUUUCUAAGUUAAGUGUAAUGUUUACCGAGGCAG